CAUAACAAAUGCGUGACCUUCGCUUCGCGCGUGGACUCGUGCGGUACUUCGAUGAAAAACAGGCGGUCCUUCUAAUGAGCGCUUAUUCGCGCGCGUUAAUUCAGCAAUGACCGAAGAUCAAGUGUCGCUGGCUCCUGACAGCCAGCAUGACUCCAAAAGCACGACCGACGGCAGGAAAUAUGCAGAGGGAGCAUUCUUAGCGGGCGUUGCUGGAUCCGCGGCCCUCUUUGGUUUCGGCAUGACGAUUGCCAUGGCCAAAAAACGGGACCCGGAAAUGUUUACGCAGGGCUUGUUAAGCUCCAAGCAGAUACCGGAGAGCGGAUCAAGCCUAGCACUACGAGCGUUGGGCCGGGGCACGCUAUAUUCCGUUGCGGGAUUCUCACUGUUCUGCCUGGUCGUGUGGAAAGCCAUGGGCGUAAAAAAUCUUGAAGAGUUUCGGUACAAGGUCGGUUCGGCAUUACCUCGGAUACCCAAAAACGAACCACAGGGACGAACAGAGUUUGCUUCUCUUAGAGAAUUGCUGAAUUAUCUUAUAGACGAAAGCAAUAAAAAGAAAUGAGCUCACAGGCA